CACCACACUCCAUCCCUCCGCGCCCACCGCCAUGGCCCUGGGCUGCGCUACGCUGCGUUGCUGCCACCGCCGCGGGGCCCUGAUGAAGUAAUCCCCGGACCUCCAUUCAUCAUACAUCACAUCCUCCGACCUUGCAGCCUUGCUCCUCUUUCCCACCACCGCAAACAUCCCCUUUCCCACCCGCGUCUCCUGUUCAUACGCGACGAGGGGGAUCACGAAACGCCAUGGAUCCCAACGAGGAGCGCCAGAUGUGGCCAGAUGGCGACGCCCCGGACAAGGAGAAGAUGGACCAGAUUCGGGCGCGACGCCUUGCGAAGCUGGGCUCCGCGGCGGCCCCGAAGGCAGCUGACAACACAGACAAGCCAGACGCCCCGUCCUCGUCCUCGUCGACAACGACGCCCGCGCCGAAGCCUCCCCAGCCGAGCGAGAGCCCCCGAGCCAACAUCACCGUCACACCAGCCCCGAAGCCGCCGCCGCCGGGCUCCAACCCCUUCACACAACUAGGUGUCCAAAGCAGCCGUAAAGACUCAGGUAGUUCCAGCCCGCAACGCAAGAGGUCCGCCGCUGAGACUGGAGACGGACGCGCAGCCACGCCACCGCCUGCGGCACGGAGCAAGCCCGCAUCCGCUGUUGCCCAGUUCGAGUCGGACGCCGACUAUACGCACAGGGUGCUCACGCAGGUGUUCCAAAUUACCGUCGAUCCGCAUCACAUGGCCAGCCCGUCAGGCCAACGGCUCAUCUUCGUGCCGAACCUCAACCAGGAGCUCAACGAGGCCGGCGAGCCCUUGAAGCUGUCUGUCAACGUGCUCGACCAGGCCAUCAUCGAGGCAUGCGGCACACUGCCCGCGUCCAGCCCGCUUUUCGGCUACCUGCUGCCGUGCUGGAAGCGAGUGGUCAAGGCGCACACCAUGGCCAAGAACGCGAGCGCGACGAAGCUCGAGAUGCUCGAGGAGGCUAAGCGGCUGUGCAUGAGCAACUGCCUGUUUUCACUGACAAUGCCAGUCCUUUACGGUCGAGACGUCAACAUUGAUCACGACUCGCUGGCGCCGUACCUGCUGCGUAGCAUCACGGACGACGCCGGCCUCGACUUUGACUUUAUAAGGGAGGCUAUCAAGCGCUUUGACGACGACGAAGCAAUUCCGGCUCUCUUCAAUGAUGCCAUGGUUACCAUCAGCACUCGGCUCUCCUCCCUGUCCCUUGGCGACGACUACAAGCCUUACAUUCAGGCCCUCUUGACGUACACACGGUUCCCCGUCCUCAUCUCCAAUCUGGCGCAGCACCCUUGUUUCAACAUGGCGCAGUCGGCGCACGGCAUCGAACGACACACCAUCCUCGGCCCCUUCUUCCGAAUUUCGCCCCUCCAACCGGAGGCCAUCAAGAGCUACUUCCCGGGCCCGCGAUCUCUGGACCGAACGCGAAUUGCAAACGCUCAGGACUCCCUACGCCUUACCCUGAGGGCUCAUCAGGACGACCUCUUCGUCAUCGCCAACGCUUUCAUUCGAGCUGGUCCGGAGACGAGAAGCCUGACACUGAAUUGGUUCGCGUACAUUAUGAACAUGAACCACAAGAGGCGGGCGAUCCAGGUCGACCCGCGAGAAGUGGCGUCUGACGGCUUCAUGCUGAACGUUACGGCGGUCAUGGACCGGUUUUGCGAACCUUUUAUGGAUAACGACUUUAGCAAGGUGGACAAGAUCGACGUAAAGUAUUUCAAGAGGCAGCCGCGGAUCGACAUCAAGGACGAGACGAAGCUCAACGCGGACCAAGCGACCGCCGACAAGUACUACUCCGAGAAGGAGGAUGGAGAAUCCAAUUUCAUCUCCGAGGCCUUCUUCCUGACACUGGCUGCACACCACUACGGAAGCGAGGCCCUAAACUCACAGCUCAAAAACAUAGAUCGAGAGAUCAAGUACCUAGAGAAGAAUAUCAAGGCUAUGGAGGCCGAGCGACCCAAGGUGGCCAACUCUCCGCAUCAGCUUCGGCUGUUCGAGGAGACUCUUCGACGUCACACGAAUGUGCUGGAGAAGACUAUUGCCUUGAAAUAUGCCAUCGAGGGUGCACUGCUUGACGAGCGGAUGCAGAGCACAUCGCUCCGGUUCAUGCGAUAUGUUGCCGUCUGGCUACUACGGCUAGUGACGGGGUCGGACUACAAGCCUGGCAAGGAGAUGGAGUGCAUUAAACUGCCGCUCUCGGAGGAGCAUUCUGAGGCGUUUGCCUGCUUGCCCGAGUACACGCUGCAGAACAUUGUGGACAACUUCAAGUUCGUCUUCAGAUGGCUCCCCAAAAUCUUGCCAAGCGCUGUAGGCGAGGAGAUGAUUGCGCUAUGCAUCACCUUCCUCCGAUCUUCGGAAUUCAUCAAGAAUCCGUACCUCAAGUCGUCGCUGGUCUCGCUUCUUUUCUCGGGAACGUGGCCGUUCAUGCAUCUGAAGAAAGGCGUGUUGGGCGAUCAGCUCAUCUCCAUUCCAUUUGCGAACGAGUACCUGCUCCGCGCCUUGAUGAAAUUCUACAUCGAGUGCGAGUCCACGGGUGGCAACGCGUUUUACGACAAGUUCAACAUUCGCUACGAAAUUUUCCAGGUCAUCAAGACGGUGUGGACCAACGACGUGUACAAACUGCAGUUGUCCCGCGAGAGCAAUGUCAAUCGCAGUUUCUUCGUGCAGUUCGUCAAUAUGCUUCUUAACGACGCGACGUACGUCCUGGAUGAGGCAUUCACCAAGUUUCCCAAGAUGCGCACUCUUGAGAGGGAGCUGGAGAACCCUUCUCUAUCCGCCGAGGACCGACAAAAGAAGGAAGAGGAGCUCCAGACUCUGGGCAACCAGGCCACGUCCUACAUGCAGCUCGCCAACGAGACGCUCGAGAUGAUGAAGCUGUUCACGAAAGCCCUCAGCGAGUCGUUCACCAUGCCAGAGAUAGUGUCCCGCCUGGCCAGCAUGCUGAACUACAACCUCGAGACGUUGGCGGGCAGGAAAGCAGCCGCCGAGCUGAGUGUCUCCAACAAGGACAAGUACCACUUUCGCCCCAUCCAGCUCAUUUCCGACUUUGUCGACAUCUACCUCAACCUCGGCUCCUCGCCUGUUUUCGUUGAGGCCGUCGCCGCCGACGGACGCUCGUACAAGCCCGAGGUCCUCGACCGCGUCACCCGUAUUCUGACGUCCAAGAAUGCCAAGGAUGCUAAAGACAUUGCCGAGUGGGAGAAGAUCAAGGCCAAGUUCCUGGAGGCCAAGCACGAGCUCGACCAGGCAGAGGUGGACCUGGGUGACAUCCCCGCCGAGUUCGAGGACCCCAUCAUGGGCGACUUGAUGAAGGAUCCCGUGCUGCUGCCCAGCAAGCACAUUGUCGACCGCUCGACCAUUGUGCAACACCUGCUCAGCGACCCCAAGGACCCCUUUACGCGUCAGCCCAUGACGGUGGACGACGCGAUCCCGCAGACGGAGCUCAAGGCGAGGAUUGAGCAGUGGCGCGCGGAGCGCAUCGCCGAGGCCAAGGCCAAGAUGGCCGGCGAGCCCAUGGAAACGGCUGAGGGCUGAGGAAGGGCUGAAGGGGAUUUCCCUCGAGGGUGUUGUGCCCGUAGAUGCAUCGGCCCCCCCAGCCAACCCCACCCUUUCCUUUACUUGCUCUAUUUGUCUCUUCGUAUAUGAAAAUCAUUGCAUUGCGAUGGGUUGGGAAGACGGCUUUCUCUGUCUCUCUGUCUUUCUCUCUCUUUUCCUCUUUUUCUUUAGACUUGCGACGAGGAAAACAACGACUUUGACGUAUUGCGUGGGUUCCUCUGGUGGACUCCUGUUGGGAUGGCCAGUCCUGUUUUCUGUUUUGGUCACUUACCUAUUGUCGCCGGGGGCGGAUGAGAAGAUCCUGCAGGGGGGAAGGGCUAGGGAGGGAGCAAAAGUGCUCCUCGUUUAGAGGGGACAACGAGCCAUGUAGACCUCGUGCGUGUGUUGUGAGGACCGCCGCAGGGACGCGGUG